AUGAAUCUUGCAAAUUUCUCUUACUUCUCGGGCAUGUGCAACAUGACGGCAGAGUCCCGGCACUCGCCAGCUGAGGCGGCCAGUCCCGUGGGUGUGUCUCCUAACGUCAGUCUGGACUCCCCUGUUCCCCCGCCACCUCUGCUAAUUCAGGCACGGGCUAAGGAUGGGGUAUUAAUCAAGUCUGAACCUCGGGGAAGUAGUCCGAACACGGACCGAGAGGAGGGGGCUCCACUGGGCCACACCGAGGAGCAUUUGCCGCCUACGGGGAGCCGGCGUAGGAAGAGGCCGGUGCAGCGAGGGAAACCGCCAUACAGCUACAUAGCGCUCAUAGCUAUGGCUAUUGCCAACUCCCCUGAAAGAAAACUGACGUUGGGAGGUAUUUAUAAAUUCAUCAUGGAGCGCUUCCCAUUCUACCGCGAGAACUCAAAGAAGUGGCAAAACUCUAUUCGGCACAACCUUACUCUUAACGAUUGCUUUGUCAAGAUCCCCCGAGAGCCAGGCAGACCCGGAAAGGGCAACUAUUGGACUCUUGAUCCAGCCGCAGAAGACAUGUUCGACAACGGUAGCUUUCUACGUAGGAGAAAAAGAUUCAAGCGCACUGACGUCAGUACCUACCCGGGGUACAUGCAGAGCUCUAGCGCUUUCACACCGACACCCAUGGGCAGACCGGCCUACCCCAACACGUUAUACCCCGGAAUGGGUUCCAGCUAUGGCUCGCAGCUGGCAGGAUCUCCGCACCCGGCAAUGCUGCAUCACUACCAGGCCUCGGCAGGUGUGUCUGCGCAAGGGCAACACCGGAUGUUCAGCAUCGACAACAUCAUUAGCCAGCAAACGGUAAUGCAGUCUGGUCCAGGAGGCGAUCUUAACCCACAGGCGUUAGGCUUGGGUGGUGGAGAACUGGGCACCAUGGCCGCCAGCUGCUCUGUCAGCGGCGCCGACCCUUCGUCGUGCUUUCAAACGCAGACAGUGAACCCCUCCGCAAGCGUGCUCAGUAGAGGUAGUGGCACCCUCUCCUCAAACCUGGCAGCCGCGUAUCCUUAUUCAUCCUCAGCCUCUCCUCCCCACCUGCCCGCUAUGACGCAGCCUAGUUUCUCCCCAGGUAGCUCGCAGGUGUACUGCCCCGGGAACAGGCUGUCUUUGCCGUCUGUCCGUUCUUCGUCUUGCGCUGAGCACACCGAGCAGUUGCUUGGGCUGUCUGGGCCACCAAUGAACUCUUAUAACAACUCAUACAUGCGGCAAGCAAACUUUGCGUCGGGACUAGAGCGAUACAUGUGA